AUGGUUCUCAAAGCAAUGGCUUAUCUAAGAAUUUGUGUCUGGCUUACACAUAUGUUGAUGCUCCAUCUAAUCAUAGGGCUAGAAAUUGCUGCAUUAGGGCAAACGCGUUGGUUUAGACAAGGGGAAGGCUCAACAUCUUGAGAAGGUGGAAUCCUAAGACCAACCCCAGAUUCCCAUCAUUUUUCUGAUGAUAAAAGCUACCACGAGUACUGAGAUUAGGUUAAAUCAAAUUUCUAAAAGGUCUUUAAGAUUAUUUCAACCCCUUUCCGUCCACAGAUAGCUUCGCGUUAUAGCAAGUGCUAUCCUCUUGCCUGAUAUAAAUAAAUUAGCGUCUCGGCUCGGGCAUUGCCUCCCGGAAUGCAGCCUUGGGCACAGUUUAUUUAUAGCAGGCAAAGUUUUAAACAACCUAGAAAUGGACAGCUAGACAAUUUGGCAGGCAUAGUCUGCUUUCUGGAUUGGAUUUUACCUCGAGGGAAAAGGUAGGUUCAGAGUUGAAAAGGGAACGUCCAGCAGUGUUUUUACAGGCAAUGCCUUGACAAUUCGAGCAUCUUCCUUACGUGAAAAUGGGAGCUACUCAACAGGCUUUGAAUUUUUCAUUUAUGCCCAAAGUGUCAGAUAUUUCCAUUUUUUUUGGGGAUUUUGUGAGGACAACCUAAAUUCAACCCAAGCAGCAUGCCGCGGAAGUCCAUAGCCUUCCACUCAACACUGGAGCUGAAAAGGCAAGUAGGAGACGGAGACACAGAAAUCCUACUUCACUGGUGCUAUGGCGUCAGGUGGAAAGGUAAUAUUCGAGCCGUAAAUCGCUUGGUGAGCCAUCUUACUCAAACAAGUUCUCCCUAUUGACGUUAAAAAAGAGGGUGAAUCCCCUAAGGGAUUCUGGUGACUGCUUUACCAAUAUGCGGAAGCCAACCUAUCCUCACACCUGCCCUUUUACUCUAUAUCAAUAAAAAAAUUGUGACAUAGGAGGUCUCUCGUCGGGGACAUUGCCUACCCGUCUUCUGGUCACACCAGAUGAAAAGAAUCCAUUAACAUCUAAUAGGGCUCGGAGUAUGGUUAGACUGCGAUUGCCUUUUUCAUGGCCUUCCUGAGUUGUAUGACAGUCUCGGUAAUGCCCCAUGUAGUGCUGAAUGACAUUACAUCUGCAAGCCAUGACAAAAAGGUCGAGGUCUGUCCAAGACCAAAAAUUCUAUCUCAACUGCCUCAAUAAGGCUCUUCUCCUCUAGACCCGGUCAACUUACGGAUCACCAGAAGAGACGCCAGAUCACGGCAUUUUAAAAAUUCUACGAGUACUGAGAAGAUUGCGAAAAUGGUAGAGUAGAUUCCAGCGUAUCAAUAGGACAAUGCCGUACAUUUCACAAGCUCUAUGCAUCAGGAGUAAUUAUGAUACUAUUUUCCUCAAUCUCAAUGUUUAUGCUUGUUGCCACAAUUUUGAUAAUUUAUUUAGAUAUGUUCACAAAAAUAAAAAUCUUAUGAUUUUCUGUGCUGACAUAUUGGAUAAAAAUAAUUUUUUUUAAAUUUUUUAAUUUUUUUUUUAAAAUUAUUUUUAUUAAUUCCCCCUCCAUGAUAUUUGGUUUGCUAAAGGAGUGAAAACUAGUUUAUUUUUAAAAAAAAAUAAUAUAUAAAAUUUUAGGAAUUAUUUUUUAAAAAAUUCAUAAUUCGAAAUAAUUUUAAAGCAGAUAUUAAUUUAAUUUGUAAGAUUUAUGUUUUAAAAUUCAAGUUGUUUAAAAUUUAACAGAAUUAGUUAAAGAUUUUAUUAUAAUAACUAUUACUUAUAUCAAAAUAAUUUUUCUUAAAAAAAAAAUUUAUUCGCUUUUACCAAAAAAUAGGCAAUUUUCCAAUGGUUUUGCUCGCUAACGCAAGGGGAGUAAGAAUUUUUGCAUUUGGAUAUCGCUAUUAUUUUACUUUUUUGCUGUUAUUCUGUGGCAUGGGCUUACGUGGUGUGUUUAUGAAGAUCAUUGUAAGCACCUUGAUUGAGGGUAUGAUAAAAGAUAUCGGGCUCAUACCUGUGCUGAAGAGGGCGCUACAAUUGCGCUAUCAACUUUACUGUUUCAUGGAGUAGCAACAAUUUUUUAUACAGUUACUUAUUUGGGAGCCAAAAAAAUGGUUAAAAAGCAAGACGAGCAAAGCAAAAUCGAGACAGAAGUAGUUGAAAGGAUUGAUUUAGAAAAUCAUGCAGCUAAAGAAAAAGAAAUAUUUAUGGAGACUUAA